ACACUGGAGCAUAGAGCAAGAAAAGCGGUUAAACUUUGUCAGAAUCAGCUUCCAACUGGUUUAAUUCGGAUAAACUUUGUCAGAAUCAGCUUCCAACUGGUUUAAUUCGGAUAAACUUUGUCAGAAUCAGCUUCCAACUGGUUUAAUUCGGAUAAACUUUGAUAGAAUCAGCUUCCAACUGGUUUAACUGGGAUAAACUUUGUCAGAAUCAGCUUCCAACUGGUUUAACUGGGAUAAACUUUGUCAGAAUCAGCUUCCAACUGGUUUAACUGGGAUAAACUUUGUCAGAAUCAGCUUCCAACUGGUUAAAGGGGUGUAAACUUUCACCAAAUCGGCUUCAGACUGGUUGUAUCUUCAUUAAGGAUAAUGGAACAAACAGCUGAGGAUAUUUGUGAUCAGCCGAGAAGGAAAAAGACUCGAUUUUCAGCGGCCCAGCAGUGACAUCCAGUGGCCGGUUGGUGGAACUGCACCCUUGUCUUGGCUCCAGCAGAAGCAGCGCUGUGAUGUAAGGCGAUGCUCGCUCGUCCACCAUGGCGAGUGUCACGCUCAGGUACUUCUGUUAUGGCUGCCUUGUCACCUCAGCCACCUGGUCUCUCCUCCUCUUCAUUUACUUCUCCCUGGGGGCGGAGCCUGGUCAUGGCAGGAUGCCGCUGCAGCACCGCAGCCAGCCAAUCACCAAGGGCUGGGCAGAGCAGAAGACGGGGCGUCGGCCUCUGCCAGCCAAUAAGGGAGCUGAGCUGUCGCCAGAGAUGGGGAUGAUCUUUAAUGAAGCCGAUCAAGAGGUCAGAGACACCGGCUACCAUCGACACGCCUUCAACGUCCUUAUCUCUAACAGGCUGGGAUACCACAGAGACCUGCCGGACACCAGAGACCCCCAGUGCAGAGAUAAGGUGUACCCCCUGGCUCUACCUUCUGCCAGCGUAGUGAUCUGUUUCUUCAACGAGGCGUUCUCCGCCCUGCUGAGGACAGUUCACAGCGUGAUAGAUAGAACACCUGCAUACCUGCUGCAUGAGAUCAUCCUGGUGGACGACCACAGCGAGCUUGAGGAGCUGAAAGAGGACCUGGAUCAGUAUGUUAGGGAGGAGCUGCGGUCCAAAGUCAAACUGGUGAGGAACCAGAAGAGAGAAGGUCUCAUCAGAGGACGCAUGAUAGGAGCCUCACAUGCCACCGGUGAGGUGCUCGUCUUCCUCGACAGUCACUGUGAGGUGAACUCUGAUUGGCUUCAGCCUCUGCUUGCCCCGAUCAUGAAUAACGCUCACACGGUUGUCUGUCCUGUCAUCGACAUAAUCUCUGCCGACACACUGACAUACUCCCCCUCCCCCAUCGUCAGGGGGGGUUUUAACUGGGGGCUGCACUUUAAAUGGGACCCUGUACCCCCUUCACAGCUCAAUGGGCCUGAGGGAGCCACCGGACCAAUCAGGUCUCCCACCAUGGCAGGAGGUCUGUUUGCCAUGAAAAGGAAGUACUUUAAUGAGCUCGGCCAAUACGACGCCGGCAUGGACAUCUGGGGUGGAGAAAACCUGGAGAUCUCCUUUAGGAUCUGGAUGUGUGGCGGUCAGCUGAUCAUCGUCCCAUGUUCCCGAGUCGGACAUAUUUUCAGGAAGCGGCGUCCGUACGGCUCUCCAGGGGGGCAAGACACCAUGGCCCAUAACUCCUUGCGGCUGGCUCACGUGUGGAUGGAUGAAUACAAGGACCAGUAUCUGUCUCUGCGUCCUGAGCUGAAGGAGCGGGGCUACGGUGAUGUCAGUGAGCGUGUGGCGCUGAGGAAGCGUCUGCAGUGUCACUCAUUCCGCUGGUACCUUGACAAUGUGUACCCUGAGAUGCAGACAGUCGCCAACGGCAACAAGCAGCAGCAGCCCAUGUUCAUCAACAAGAGUCUGAGGAGGCCCAAAAUCCUGCAGAGAGGACGGAUCCGUAACCUGGCCACGGGGCGCUGUUUGGUAGCUCAGGGGCGAGCCAGUCAGAAGGGCGGAGUCAUUGUCCUAAGACCAUGUGACCCUCAAGACCCCGAACAGUCCUGGUCCUUUGACGAGGAGGGUCAGCUCGUCCUGGCCGGUCUGCUGUGUCUCGAUGUGUCUGAGGUCAGGACGUUGGACCCGCCCAGACUGAUGAAGUGUCACGGCUCAGGAGGGUCGCAGCAGUGGAUGCUGGGGAAAUCUAACAGACUCUACCAGGUGUCGGUUGGUCAGUGUCUCGCUGUCGCUCAGCCUAUUGGACCUAAGGGCUAUGUCUCCAUGGUGAUAUGCGAUGGUUCAGAAGCACAACAGUGGCUGCUGGAGAACUGACCGCAAUGACAUCACUGGACUGAUGGAUGUGAAACAGACAGGUGUGUUUUAGAGACAGACUGUGAAUGUCGGUGUUUUUGUCUUUCCUUGUUUUUAUUUUUUCUCUCAGGAUGUUUUUAUCAAUCAGCUGAUUUAAUGUUUCAUUCUUUCAUCUGCAUGGACACUGACAUAUCAUGGAGUAUUUUUUACUUUGAUUUUGGAGGAUUCAAUGACCCAGCAGAAAGACUUGAAAGAAAUCAUGAUGUCAGGCUUUGAAAGUCCUUGAAUGACCUGGAACAGACCGAACUCUGGGACAGAAGGGGUCUGUACUUUCAGGACCUCAAAGAGUAAUUUAUUGAAAACGGAGGAGACGCUGACAGUAUUUUUAGAUGAUCAUAUCUGCACACUUUAAAGAUUUCAACUUAAAUAAAACAUUCAA